UCCUUAUGCUCAACCUGGUACACCACUGCCCAGCCCUCUCUCUUACUUGUUUUAAGCUUAUUGCCUCCAAACCUUUACAAGGUCUUUAGACCUAUGUGAUUCCAUCACUUCUAGCAUGCCCCACCCCACCCCCUAGAUAAAUGCUGAGACAGAAGGAGACACUUCACUACUUACUGUGAAGUUUCCUUUUUACAUGUUGCUCCCAUGUAGUGGCCCAGGGCUUGAACCCAGCUUCUUACACACAGUAAUGUAUGCGUGACACCAGUUGAACCAUCUCCCAGCCCGUUUGUGCUUAUCGAAGCCUCACAGUGGCCUGCUAGCCUUCUACAGAGAGCUACUUUUGGAAAGAAGAAACAUGGAAAAUGGUGCAGUUCUGUUGGAAUCCAAAUCCUCACCAUUUAACCUUCUACAUGAAAUGCAUCAGCUCCGACUUCUUGGCCAUCUGUGUGACGUGACUGUAAGUGUGGAGUAUCAGGGUGUCCGGGAAGAAUUCAUGGCCCACAAGGCGGUACUGGCUGCCACUAGCAAAUUCUUUAAGGAAAUGUUCCUGAAUGAAAAGACUGUGGAUGGCACUAGGACUAACGUCUACUUAAAUGAAGUGCAGGUGGUUGACUUCGCCUCAUUUCUUGAGUUUGUCUACACUGCAAAGGUGCAGGUGGAAGAAGAUCGGGUGCAGCGCAUGCUGGAAAUGGCUGAAAAACUAAAAUGUUUGGACUUAUCAGAAACUUGUUUUCAGUUAAAGAAACAGAUGUUGGAGUCUGUCCUUUUGGAGUUGCAGAAUUUCUCAGAGUCUCAGGAGCCAGAAGGAAGCAGUGGCACCCAAGUCAGCAUUGUUCCUGACCAACCACUGCCUCCAGCCAGUAUGGCGGAGGACAGUUCUCUUGUUAAUGGCCUAGUGGAUUCCUCUGAUUGCCCAGAGGAGAAAAUCAGCAAUGGCAUGUUGCUGGACACAGCCCUGAGGAAGCCUAAGGAGAAGACAGACAAGAAGAAAGAUAUUGUUACGCCUCCUUACCCUAAAAUCAGAAGAGCUAGCGGGAGGCUGGCUGGGAGAAAGGUGUUUGUGGAAAUCCCUAAAAAAAAAUACACGAGACGACUCCGAGAACAGCAGAAAAGUGCUGAGGAGGACUUGGGGGACUACCAGUGUCCCCAAGACCCCAGCCCAGACACUGUAAAAACAGAAGUGGAGCCAAGUGCCCAAAAUGAGGACCACAAUGCCGUGGCACAAGCAGAGGAAGUGCUGCAGAAAGCAAGGCAAGGAGAGGAGGAAGAGGAUGAGGAAGAUGAGGAGGUGGUAAAAAGGAAGAGCAACUUCAAGUGCAUGAUCUGUGACAAGGCCUUCCUAUAUGAAAAGAGCUACUUGAAGCACAUCUGCCACCACCAUGGGGUGGCCACCGAGGUGGUUCACCGCUGUGACACCUGCAGCCAGACCUUCGCCAACCGCUGCAACCUGAAGAGUCACCAGCGCCACGUGCACAGCAGUGAGCGUCACUUCCCCUGUGAGCUGUGUGGGAAGAAAUUCAAGAGGAAGAAGGAUGUCAAGCGACAUGUGUUGCAGGUCCACGAGGGGGGUGGUGAGCGGCACCAGUGCCAGCAGUGUGGCAAGGGCCUGAGCUCCAAGACAGCCCUGCGGCUCCACGAGCGGACACACACAGGCCACAAGCCAUAUGGCUGCACUGAGUGUGAGGCCAAAUUCUCACAGCCUUCUGCCCUGAAGACCCACAUGAGAAUUCAUACAGGGGAAAAACCUUUUGUCUGUGAUGAAUGUGGUGCAAGAUUCACUCAGAACCACAUGCUGAUUUAUCAUAAAAGGUGUCACACAGGUGAGAGACCUUUUAUGUGUGAAACAUGUGGCAAGAGUUUUGCUUCUAAGGAAUAUUUAAAACAUCACAAUAGAAUCCAUACUGGAUCAAAACCCUUUAAAUGUGAAAUUUGUUUCAGGACUUUUGCCCAGCGGAAUUCGCUUUAUCAGCACAUUAAAGUUCAUACAGGGGAGCGUCCCUAUUGUUGUGACCAGUGUGGUAAGCAAUUUACCCAGCUCAAUGCACUGCAACGCCACCACCGGAUCCACACUGGGGAGAAGCCAUUCAUGUGUAAUGCAUGUGGGCGGACUUUUACUGAUAAGUCCACUCUCCGAAGGCACACUUCAAUACAUGAUAAGAAUACUCCAUGGAAGUCUUUCCUUGUUAUUGUAGAUGGCUCACCCAAGAAUGAUGACGGGCACAAGACUGAACAGGCUGAUGAAGAAUACACAUCAUCUAAACUUUCGGAUAAAUUGCUGACUUUUACAGAAAAUGGCCAUUUUCACAACCUGACCACAGUCCAAGAUAGUGUGCUUCCUGUGCACGAGAACAAUUCUGUAGUCGAUGCCUGCAGGUCGGGUGAGCCAGUGAUGUCCCAGGACACUCUACUGGCCACUACUAUCAGUGAGCUUAGUGAGCUGACUCCCCAGACAGACACAAUGCCCCCUCAACUUCAUACUCUAACCAACAUGGAAUAAGAGCUUGAAGUCUCCUGCUAAGUAGGUCUUACCCUAUGUCUUGACACAGCCGUAUGCAAGAUGUUGGGGGCUAAGAAAAUGAGCUACUGUGAGCAAAGAAGUGGGCAAAGGUGGUUUCUGCAGAAUCUGCUGAAUUUCUGCAAACUUGCACGUCUUUAGCAAAGCAUUUUUAAAAGCUUUCCCUUAAAAAUCCUGAUCUGCAUGAUCUCAGCUACACUUUAUGAACAAACAAGGCACUUAACAUAACCUCACAUAAUUCUGGUGUAGUUGUAUGCAUUUAUCACUGUAAUGCUCGAUUAUCUUAACAAUUGUGAUUUUAGACCACUUCUCAGUUUAACUGUAGAGUACAGAGCAGUGGUCCUACUCAUGAAAUUGCUGUUCAUGGUCUUCCUGGUCUCUCACCCUGCUUUACUUAAAAUGUGGAUUUUUUUUCUCUGAUACUUUUAUGGUAUUUUUGUAUCAAACUGAAAUUAAACUGGAGUCAUAUAUUUUCAACUAUAUCUUCCCUGUCAAAUUGAAGCAAAUCAGAUCUGCUCUAGGGACACUUGAACAGAUUAUUGCACUCAUUCCCCUCUACCCCUUCACUUGUAAAAUCAUAAAAAAAAAAAAAAGGAAUGAUAAAUUGGACACUUUCAAACAGCUUAGUAUAAUCUGUACUUAGCACAUAAGCAGCCAGGACAUUUGUAACUGUUGAAAUGACAUAUGGCUGUUUAGAUUCAUUCCUCAAACUUGGAUUAGGUAAAAGCUGUCCUACCAAAGAUUCUAGCAGCAAACAGUACAGUAUUUAUUUUGCAAAAAGGUAUACAUAUUAAGCAAGAGGCUUCUGAACACUUGAAACAUGAAACAGUUAUUCACAAAGUAGUGGUGAGGUAACUGUGGCAAAUCAGAAGAAUUCACAGUAUUGAUAUUUUUGCUAAGUUUUUCUGACUUCUGUGAUCUUCAGCAAUUAAGACUUUCUCAUUUUCAUAUCAAGAACUUAAACAAGUAUUUGCCACUCAUUUGUCUCCUUGGAGACAUAUGUGAAUAACUGUAGAAGGGACCAAAGGCCUCUGUAUACUUAUUUUUUAAUUAUGCCUUAAAAGUGGAUCGUGAAGAACCAGUAGCUUCUGUCUUAAAUGCUCCUAUGUCUCAUGGUGGACUUAAUUAUUGCUCAAAAUUAAUUUAUAAUGAAGAGAUCAUUCUGCUGUAUUUGCUAAACCUGAUGCUUGGUUCCAGUGGCCUAGGUAUGUAGCCGCAUGCUGUACGAAGUACUUGACUCACAUGUAACCUUAAACAUUAAUUUAAGAGGAUCUUGAAGGAGAAAUGUUCACUAGUUGCUUUCCUCUAAAUUUUAAUUUAUUGAACUUGCUGUGAAAAUGCAUUUCUAAGAGAAAGGUACUUUAUCCAUAAGUUCCAGGAUGAAGACUUCACUGCACUAUGCCUGAAACAAAAGAAGGAAGAAGGUCUUCCUAAUGCUUACUUGGUUUUAACAUGUUUCAGUUACUACUAAAGCCAAGAUAAGGGGUCUUAGACACUGAUAACAUGUUUCAGACCUGCUCUUGAAGAUAGCAGUACUGAAUUACUUCUAAUUAAAUUAUAACAGUUUAUCCUUGUUGUGUUUACAGAACAACAACAAAAAAAAAGUGACUGUCACACCACCAUUUUAUUUUUGGUAAGAGAAUGAACCUGCCCAGUCAAAUGUACUGUUUCAAGGAAUAAAGUCAUCUUAGAAGAAAUUUAAAUAAUAUAGAUUAUUUUGUUACUGGAAGAAUUUGUGUUUUGAAUUUGUUUUAGAAAUUCUACAGAACUGUUGAAUGUGUUAAUAAAUGUUUACUUUCUAAAAA